AUGAAGGUGACGUGUCAGGCUCUUGGUUUACCUGGGGCGAACAGCUACGUCAUAGAAGACGGACCGAAUGAUGGUAUUGUCGUAAACGUCUCAUGUCUGAGCACCAAUCAGACGGCAGAAAACUGUUCUUUGGUCACUGACGCCAUCCUGUGUAGUAACAACAGCGUCGUCCGAAUCAACUGUCGUGAUCAGUUCCGGCUGGUCACCGGGACUCUGCCCCACCGCGGCAGGCUGGAGAGGUACCGGGACCGCCGCUGGGAGGCCGUCUGUGCGGAGAGCUGGGGACAGGAGCAAACUGAGAUGGCAUGUCGUUCCCUGGGUUUUCCCGGAGCCGUCACCUACUACACACAGGUGCUCACGGAUACGAAUAACGGCAGUGUCGCAAACACCUCCUGUGUCAUCAACGGAACGACAGAAGACUGUACAAACGCCACAUGUAUCAGCGUCAACGGCACAAUAGAAAACUGCUCGGUUGUCACCGACAACACCACAUGUCGGAAUAACAGCGUUGUAGCAGUUCACUGCCACGACCGAACUCGGUUGGCCGGCGGGGCCUUGCCGCACCGUGGCCGCCUAGAGAUGUACUACGGUACCCGAUGGUGGGCUGUGUGUGCUGCAGACUGGGGGCACGAGGAAACCGAGAAUGCGUGUGACGUUCUUGGUUACCCUGGCGCGAUCGAACACUUCACGGAAGACAAAACGGGCGACAGCAUUGUGGCAAACGUCUCGUGUCUGAGCGCCAACGGAACGUCUGAAAACUGCACGCAUAAUUUCGUCACCGAAGGCGACUUUUGUAGAAACCACAGCGUCGUCAGACUACAUUGCCAAGAUCAGUUCCGGCUGGUCAGCAGGACUCUGCCCCAUCGCGGCCGGCUGGAGAGGUACCGGGACCGCCGCUGGGAGCCCGUCUGUGCGGAGAGCUGGGGACAGGAGCAAACUGAGAUGGCAUGUCGUUCCCUGGGUUUUCCUGGAGCUGUCACCUACUGCACAGAGGCGCUCAUGGAUACGAAUAACGGCAGUGUCGUAAAUACCCCAUGUGUCAUCAACGGAACGACAGAAAACUGUACAAGUGACGUCUCCACAAACGUUUCGUGUGUAGUUGUCAAUGGCACGAGAGAGAACUGCUCUUUUGCCACCAACAACACCUCAUGUAGGAAUAACAGCGUUAUAGCAGUCCAUUGCCACGACCGAACUCGGUUGGUAGGCGGGGCCGUGCCGCACCGUGGCCGACUGGAGCUGUACUACGGUACCCGCUGGUGGGCUGUGUGUGCUGCGGACUGGGGGCACGAGGAAACUGAGAAUGCGUGCCAAGUUCUUGGCUACCCAGGCGCGAUCAGCCACGUCACGGCGGAAGAAACAGGCGACAGCAUUGUGGCAAACGUCUCGUGUUUGGGCAUCAACGGAACGUCUGAAAACUGCACACGGUCUUUCGCCACCGAAGGCGACUUUUGUAGAAAUCACAGCGUCGUCAGACUGCAUUGCCAAGGUAACAUAAGGAUAGCGGACGGGCCUAUGCGUAAUCUGGGCCGGCUGGAGGUGCACCAUGGUACCCGGUGGUGGCCGGUAUGUGCUGACGACUGGGGGAUGGAUGAAGCAGAGGUGGCGUGCCAGACUCUUGGAUAUCCGGGGGCUGUAAGCUCGUUCCCAGGCACUUCCAUAUUUGGAAAGGGUGGCGGCCUCGUUGCCAGAGUGUCGUGUGUGCGCUCAGACGGUGCGUCCAACAACUGCACCCGGGUCGUGGUCACCGACGGCGUCACGUGCGGGAACAACAGCGUUGUCGGGAUCUACUGUCACGCUGCUUUACGACUUGUCAACGGAAGUUCCUAUAACGAGGGCCGAGUGGAGAUCUUCCGCAGCGGCAGGUGGGGCACGGUGUGCGACAGCCCGCACAGACCGCCAGACGAGAGGUGGGGGCGGCGGGAAGCAGAGGUGGUGUGCCGGCAGCUGAUGUUCGGGGUGGAGAGGAUCUAUCCACCGGGCUGGUUCGGAGACGGGGAGAACGGUAGUAGCGCCAUCUGGCUGGGGAGAGUGCACUGCAGCGGGUUGGAGGACGAACUCCAGUGGUGUGACUACACGAGAUGGGGAGUGCAUUUGGAGGACGUCGCGUUUUGCAGGGAGAAUUUUGCGGUUGCUGUUGCCUGUGGAGGACCUCCCGGUCCAUUCCUUACAACGGCAGCGCCCCCUACCAGAGAAGACAUUAAUGCAGGAAAUAUUCGGCUGGUAGACUGGCCAUUGUCUGACUUUGCGAAGCUGGAGGUGUACAACAACGCCUCCUGGCGGGCUGUUUGUGACCACAACUGGGAUGACGACAUAACAGAGGUUGUGUGUGAAAUCCUUGACUACCCCGGAGCUCGAAACUACACCACAUCCGGGUACUUGUUCGGUCAGGGGGAGAGUGUCAUCCUGAACGCGUCAGUGUCGUGCAACACGUCAUCAAACGUCACGGCAAACGUCACAAGCAAUGAUUGCACUUGGGCCAUGUUCACUGAUGGAGACCAGUGUCAAUAUGAAAAGAGAGUUGGAAUCCAAUGCCAAGAGUCAAUCCGGCUCGUCAAUGGGAGCACAGAAUAUGAAGGACGAGUGGAAAUUUAUCACGACAACAGAUGGGGAACCAUUUGCGAUCAUCCACUCAAACUCCCGUGGAAGAGAUGGGGUCUGCACGAAACUCUCGUGGUCUGCGGACAGCUCGGGUACCUCUCGCCGUUUGAACUACCGGAGGUACUCCCGCUGGGGUACUUCGGGGACGGAGAAAACGAGACACGAGAGAUUUGGCUGGACGAUGUGGUGUGCAAUGGUACGGAGAGCAACCUUAAGGAAUGUCACCAUGGCGACUGGGGGCCCAGCUGGAAGGACAUCUUCCUCUGUUCCGAAGACUUCGCCGUGGCCAUAGUGUGCAGGAGUGCGGAAACUACAACACCUGUUCCGUUCAAUGUCACGACGAACGCUACAUCAGUGUUUAACACUACGUCGGGGUUGAACUCAACGACUUCGGGAUCAAAUACUACAGCCGUGUUUAACACGACGUCACUGUUCAACACAUCCACUGUGUUCAACACAACUACUAUGAUGAGCACUACAUCAAUGUUCAACUCUACAUCUGCACCAACGACAGCCUCUUCAACAUCAUCAUCAUCAACAACAGCAUUAACCUCCUACGCGUCACCAUCCACAAUGUCCACAUCCUCAGCUUCCUCGACAUCUUCAUCAACGACAACCAAAGCAACAACAACCAAAACAACAACAACAACAUCAACAAAAGCAGAAGCAACGACUUCGACUCAUCCGUUGGUUCUUGCCACUUCCAAACUCACGACUGUUACAUCAACACAUUUGCCACCGACGCAGUCGUCGAUUAUGUCGAUAUCCCCAUCAUCAGCAUCGCCGGGAUCCACAACAACAUUGAUACCAACAUCAACAACUACUGCAGCGACAACAACGACAACCACGACUAUAAAGUCUACAACGACAACCACGACUAAGAAGCAAGCUACAAAGAAAAAGAAGGAUGACGAUAACAAUGAUGACGACAAUAAUGAUGAUGAUGAAAACAACGACGAACAGAACGAUGAAAGCAAGAACUCAGAGCCCGAAGAACCCGAGGAACCGGAAGUUCCACCUGAAGAGGAGGAGGACAUUGUUGCAGCUGCAGGGAUCCCCGGAGGUGCUGUAGGUGGGAUGGCUGUAGGUGGCGCAGCUGCCGCAGCUGUAGCCAAGAAGAUGAUGAAUAAGGAUGAUGAAGAAGAGGAAGAUGACAAUGAGGAUGACGAUGGCGACGACGACGACGAUGAUGAUGGCGACGAUGACGGAAACGUCGUCGACGCCGAUGAUGACGUAGGUCCUGACGUAAUCGAUGACGCUGUUCAGACGUCACAGAGUAGCCUCCUGAAGAACUACGACGAUUUAACCGAGGAAAAGCUGAUAGAAACAAUAAACGAUCUGUACUUCCGACCUCCAAGUAUUGCGUCUGAGGCAAGUUCACACUCCAACAUAGAUUCUACCGGAAACUUGGAAGACAAUUUUGAUGAUCUAGAGGAGAACAACGUGGGUAUAGCAGCGAGUUUACGUUCUUUAGCCGCACUAUCAGCGACGGAAAGUACUUUCCAACUGAAGCGAAGUCUGUCUCGGUUAGGGGGCCGUUCUCUGUUGGAGGAAUGCCAACCGCUGCUAUGUAAGAGCUCACCGCUUCUGAAUCAGGCCGGCUAUUUUGACGGGUUCGUGUUACCAAUACCCGUGAGUUUGAGUUCGCCACACAUAGGCGCAGAUGAACUGGCAUCUGACGGUGGAGAAUCCAUACUCAGCCAGAGUCUAACUUUCGAGCAGGAAGGAUCACCACUAGAAUGUUCGCCACCUUCGGAGCCAUUUCUGCCGCUCAAAGAUGAUGUUCAAUUCGUAGAUGAGACGGAACCGCUUUUAAGCAACCAAGUACUGCCAGAGCCCUUGCAAGAAGAGCAGGACAGAAGAAAAAAGUCGUUACCAAAGUCGAAUGAUUUACUCUCACCGAUAGACGACGAACCAAUUACGUGUGAGAAGGUUCCAUUAUUAAACGAGAACCUCCCUCAGCUAAGUAUGCCAUCUCUGCACGCGCAGGACACAGGAACACCCAUUGUUAAGGAGGAAUUGCCAUUGUUUAAAGAGAAACCAUACAUAUAUGAACGUUCAGAUAAUCCGAUACGUCCCUACGACCUUAAGAAUGAUCUACCGCUGACUAAAGACCUUGUACCCGAUGAAGAAGAUGCGAACGAAGGGACGCCACUAUUGGAGAUACCUGAGGACCUACCUGUGGAUGAAAAGACGCCGCUGUUAGCGGACACUGCUGAUGAAGACAAAGACCCGACACCAGUAACAGGAAUUGAUUCAUCAGAUAUUGAGAAAGUACCUCAAAGUAAACCGAGUCUAAUGCUAAGUCAUGACCUCCAACCAGAAAGUGAACCCAAUCAAACAAACCUACCUCCGAUUGAUGGUGCUCCUCCAGAGCACGCACCUUCUCAAAGUGAUGGUUCCUCUUCUCCAAAUGAAGACAAUCCAGAUCUAAUUGAUAGUGUGCUACCUUUUAGUGAGGAUGCUCCGAAUUCAGGAGAAACCACACCUCCUACAAGUGAGGUAAUUCCUCCCAUAGGCGACAAUGCGCCACCGUCAAAGGAAGCUGAGUCACCUUCAUGUGAUACCACGCCGACCCCUCAGAGGAGCACAUCAACACCAGGAAACGUCACUCCAUCCCCAAAUGAAGGUACUUCACCUGUAUCCGCCAAUGAUUUGCCAAACGAUGUAACACCAUCAACAGUCGAUGGUGUUGUACCCCCAUCUGAUGACACACUUCCUCCUCCACGCGAUUCUAUUCUACCUCCGACUGAUGCCAGCGCUACAUCACCUCCGAAGGACGAACAUUCUCCUCCAAGCGAUACCUCUCCUCCAAUAGAUAGUCUUUCACCUCCAACUGAUGCCUCACAAUCACCAGCUGAUGUUGCCCUUCCGCUAAGUCAGGAUGACUCGCCUUCAAGUGGCGCAGUUCCUCCUCCAAGUGACGCGGCUCCACCUCCGAGUGACGCGAUUAAACCCCCAAGUGACGCGGUUCCUCCUCCAAGUGACGCGGUUCCUCCUCCAAGUGACGCGGUUCCUCCUCCAAGUGACGCGGUUCCUCCUCCAAGUGACGCGGUUCCUCCUCCAAGUGACGCGGUUCCACCUCCAAGUGACGCGGUUCCACCUCCGAGUGACGCGGUUCCACCUCCAAGUGACGCGGUUACACCUCCGAGUGACGCGGUUCCACCUCCAAGUGACGCGGUUCCUCCUCCAAGUGACGCGAUUAAACCCCCAAGUGACGGCGUUCCACCUCCAAGUGACGAAAUCCCACCUCUAAGUGACAAAGUUCCAGCACCAAGUGACGGGGUCUCACCGCCAAGUGACGAAGCUCCACCUCUAACUGACAAAACCCCAUCUCCAGCUGACAAAGGUCCACCUCCAAGUGACGAAAUUCCACCUCCAGCUGACGGAGUUCCACCUCCCAGUGAUGAGGUUCCAUCUCCAAGUGACGGCGUUCCACCUCCAAGUGACGAAAUCCCACCUUCAAGUGAAAAAGUUCCAGCACCACGUGACGGGGUCCCACCGCCAAGUGACGAAACCCUACCUCUAACUGACAAAGCCCCACCUCCAAGUGACGGAGUUCCACCUCCAAGUGAUGAGGUUCCACCUCAAAGUGACGGAGUUCCAUCUCCAAAUGAUGGAGUUCCACCUCCAAAUGACGGCAUUCCAUCGCCAAAUGACGGAGUUCCACCUCCAAAUGACGGCGUUCCACCUCCACGUGACGGAGUUCCAUCUCCAAAUGAUGGAGUUACACCUCCAAAUGACAUUCCACCUCCAAGUGACGAAAUUCCACCUCCAAGUGACGGCGUUCCACCUCCAAGUGACGAAGGUCCACCUCCAAAUGACAUUUCAUCUCCGAGUGACGCAGUUCCUCCUCCAAGUGACCCGGUUCCACCUCCGAGUGACGCGAUUAAGCCCCCAAGUGACGAAAUUCCAUCUCCAAGUGACGGCGUUCCACCUCCAAGUGACGAAAUCCCACCUCCAAGUGACAAAGUUCCAGCACCAAGUGACGGGGUCCCACCGCCAAGUGACGAAGCUCCACUUCUAACUGACAAAACCCCACCUCCAAGUGACGGAGUUCCACCUCCCAGUGGUGAAGUUCCACCUCCAAGUGACGGAGUUCCAUCUCCAAAUGAUGGAGGUCCACCUCCAAGUGACGGAGUACCAUCUCCAAAUGACGGAGUUCCAUCUCCGAAUGACAACCCUAGCGAACUGGGGACUCCGGCCGCUCAGCCGCCAAAUGAAUAUCAGUUCCAGUUUCUUUUUGACAUGGACUUUGAGUUCGAGUUUGCCCCAGAUGGAAGCAUUAAUGUUACCCCAAUCAUGAGAAGUAAGAACAGUUAA